AUGCCCAUCCGCAUGUCUCGUCUCCCAACCCACGCAGAAAUCACAAAUUUCCUCGAAACAUUCCUCCCACCACAAGUUAAUGCCAACGACGUAGCCUUCCUCUACCACACACCGCGCCAUCCGGCAUAUAGUCCGACUGAAGUGAAGACUGCCCGGGUAAUUUUCAGCAUCACUCCCACGCCAGGAUUUUACACAUCUUUGAACGAACAAGGAGUUCGAUUUCCACCAUCAUUUGAUGCGCAUCUGACUGUGGGAUGGAAUGUUGCGCUCGCGAAGCGUCUUGGCGUUCAAGUAGAGGAUGCGGUUUGUAUUCAAGGCUACAAGGAAGAUCCCGAGAGGAAAAUUGGACUGGUCGCAAAAUUUGAACAGGCGGUCUCUUUGGACUCGAUUGUGCAGAUGAUUCAGCGGGAAUUUGCUGGUGUUGGAGAGGUCUUUCGAAACGAUGCCAGUAACGACAAGGAGGAUGAUAACGCCGUCCGCGAUGAUGUCAGCCAUGAACAUCCUAUAAAGGUUCUUGCCGUCAUGAACGCUUUCCACGCCGAAGAGGUCGAUCGUGUUCUUGAGGCUACUCGUGCCGCUAACUGGACCCACGGAGAAGUCACUGGAAAACAAAUCUUAUACCUGACCGGCGCUGCACGGGAACAUGGUCUUGAAGCCACCAAGCAGGCGAACAUGCCUGUCGUUUGUGUAGGUCAUCGAGCGUGCGAAGAAUGGGGGAUCAGGUAUUUGGCAGAGGAGACACGCAAGAGGUGGCCGGAUAUCGAGGUGAUAGAGGUGCUUGAGGAGGAAGAACCACGGCCGAAGAGGGUCAAGUUGCAGAGUGGGGAGGUAGCGGGAAGUCAGCCUGCUAAGUCUGGUAAUGAAGUUCAUGGAUGA